GUAUACACACGUAAGAUACAAUAGAGUUAUUACGCAUUUCUUGCGAAUCAUUCGGUAGCUGAUUAAGCAUUCAAUAAAGCUUCAAAAGUUCUAGUCAAAGUACUGGUUUUGUGAAUAAAUAGUUGAUAAACAAUAAAAAAAAAAAAAUGCCUCUCGACAUUCCUGGCUUCGCUUACGCUGCUAGCGUCGCAGCUGGUGGUAUAAUGGGUUAUGUGAAAUCCCAAUCCAUUCCAUCAUUAGGAGCCGGUCUCUUGUUUGGCACAAUUCUGGGGUACGGUGCAUUUCAAACUUCUCAAGAUCCGCACAAUUAUGGUUUAAUCCUUGGUAGUAGUGCAGCUUUGGGAGGCUUAAUGGGAUACCGUUUCUAUAAUACUGGCAAAAUCAUGCCUGCAGGCGUUAUUGCAGCAGUAAGUGCUGUUAUGGUGGUAAGAUACGCACUAAGAGUGUUUUCACCUUCACCAGUGAAGAUGCAGUAGGCAGAAUCAAAACAAACAUACAUUAAUUAUUAUCUUAUACUUUCAAAUGAUAAGCAUUUAUUAUUACACGUUAAAUGGGUGGUAAUUAAUGAGUGUAAUUUUUGUACUCAAUGUUAAACAUUUAAAUGUUCAACAUCUCAUUACAAGGGACUGGGGGGAAAAAAAUGUGUAAAUUAAAAAAAAUGUAUCUAUAUGAAGUGAAGUGUAUUUUCUU